AUAUACAUUUUAAAUGGUACUAACUUAAGUUACUAAGUAACCAAUAAGAAUAUGCUUAUGCGAAUUACUUAUGCAAAUAUUGCUCUGUUUAAUUUGACAUGUUAAUGAAAAUACUGCAUCUUAACAAUACUAACAUAUUAGAAGAAAAAAAUAGUUGAAAAUGCUUACAAAAGGUGUGAACAGUAAAACAUAGAAACCAUGUGCAGAAGAUUUUACUGUUUCAGUUAUCACCAAUUCAAGAUAAAAAGAUCUUGGUGAUAUUUAAUGUAACUAAGGUCAAAGUUCAAACAUAUUGAAAAGUCCUGAUAUAACACCCUACAUUCGCUUCCAGAGGUUUCUGUUAUCUUCAUGACCUUCAAAUGAAUACUGCUUCCAAUCCUUAUGUUAAAUGUUGAGUAUGCAAAGGAACUUUAUCAGAUGGUGUUUUCUAAAGGUCUUUAUGAAAUAAGUAUAACUAACGUGAUACACUGCAAAAAAAAGAUAAAUUUCUUGACUCCAUCUAUGACCUCCAUUAAAAAUGCUACAGACAUUGUGAAUCUCUAAGGUGUUGUGCAUAGAUGACCUCUUUUCACAAUGACAACGAUUUUCAGUGGACGAAGAUGUAGGUUUUCAUUCAUUGCUCAUAUUGUAUGUGAAGUCAGCCUUCAUUAAUUUCUUGGAUUCAUAGUAAAUUAGUUCCUUUGACUCAAUACCUAAUGUUUCUUUAUUUUCCUCUUCCACCUUUGAACAUCUAUUGACAUGACAAAACAUCACUUUCUUAUCUCCAAUUGGCUCAAAAAUUCAAGCCGCAUCAACAUAUCUAUUUACUGUCUUUGUGUUUAUUUGCUGACCACUGUGAAUCAUAUUUACAUGAAUGAUUGUGAGGUAGACAUGUCGACACACUGUACAAACCAGACAAAUAACAAUAAUAAUGUUUACGUGUGUAUCGUUUUAUUUAAAGCAGGAGUUCGAUUUGAAUAUCAGUAGUUCCCUACAUUUCACCCGUUUAACAUCAUCUACCAGCGAACUACAAGGUGCACGAAGGCAGGGGAAUUACAUCUUCAAAUCUACACCACACAGUAUUUAAUUAACUAUGCAUUCCCCAUUAAUCACCCAAAUUAUCAUAUUACCUUUAUGCAUUUGCUACAUAGUUUGUUUCAAUCUGUCUAUCAAGUCUACCAAUGCUUCGUGUCACUGUAUUUCUCGAAUGAAUGAUCGCAAUUUUUCAUAUUGUGUGUGUGUCAAUAUUGAAGGUUACAGUGUUGAUCAGCUGACUGAUAUGUAUCCAGAUUUAUGCAAUCAAACCCUUAGAUCACUAAGCUUCAACAAUACAACUCGUUUUAUGAAUACAAGUAAUUUAAUGACGUCUAAUUGUGACUGGCAUAAAGUAACUAAUUUGACACUGACCAACACUGACUUAACACGUUUAACGCCAACAAGUUUUGCUGCAUUCUCAAAUAUUCAGCACUUGAACAUUUCGCAUAACCAUGCAUUAAAUGGAUAUGGUGACAAAGCGUUUCAGCCGCUUGGAAAAAGUUUGACACAUUUGACUGCAGUCUCGAAUCCUGUUAGAUCGCUUACACGUGAAGUAUUCCGUGGUCUUAUAAACCUCCAAGUAUUGUUUUUAUCAGAUAAUAAAAUUGGUUAUAUGGAAACUGGAGUGUUCUCAAACAAUUGUUGUGCUAAUUUGCGUGAGCUACGUCUAGACAGUAAUAUAUUAACUGUUCUUGAUACUGAUAGUUUGGUUGGUUUAUCAAGACUAGAAAUCUUGGAUUUACGAAAUAACCCUCUACAACAACUGGAUUCUGCUGUUUUUAAUCCGUGUGCUUCAACUCUAGUUAAUCUACGCAUGAGCCAUGAUGAUCAAGCUACAUUCGGUGGUUUUCAAAGUCCUUCGCCAAAAUUGUUUUCACGUCUGAGUCGUUUGAACACGCUUGAAAUGAUCGAACUCAAACUAACAAAUUUAGCAAGUGAUGUAUUUGAAGGUUUAGACAGUUUGAAAGUGCUUUCACUUCGUGGAAAUCGACUUAUCCAGCUACCGCCAGAUGUAUUUUCUCCACUGACACAACUGAAGUACUUAGAUCUUUCUGCCAACUGGCUUGUGUGUAUUCCAUCUGCAAGUAGUCCAGUCAGUCAAGCUGACUUUUUAUCCGGUCUACCUUUGAGUUGGGUUGAUUUAUCGUGGAAUCGCCUAACACAUUUGAAUCACCUAACAGCACGUAGCUUGAGUCUAUUCGAUCGACAUACAACUAGUCAAACAAGACUUGUCCUGAAUUUAACUGCUAAUCCUUGGCAGCAUAUAGAUGAUGACACAUUCUGUAAUCCUGAUAGACGUGGGAUUACACGUCCAAUUGAGUUGGUAGUAGGACCACUUCCAGCGAUACCAUUUGCGAAUUGGCGGACUUCAUUUGGACUUUGGCUAAGCCGAGCAAUGUUGCCGAAAGGACCAUUUUCGUUAAUUGGUGAAGGUAGUCUUAUAAAAGGCCUGAUGUUAGAUAAAGAUUAUCACUCCCUCCUUUCUGCUAGACAAAGCACUGUUGGAUAUAAUCCAUCUGAAGAAACCGGGAUAUACCGUGGAGUGAAGGAGGCUGUAGAUAUAUGUGAAGAUCUGAAGGUCAUUAACAAUAAUAAGUCAAAAGUCGAAAACUAUUCACAUCCAUCUGCAGGAUUCCUAGCACAAAUAGGAAUGAGAACUGUGUCAAGCUCUAUCUUGACCUCAUCUAUAUCGUCUUAUUGUCCAAGAUUACCGAUUCGUAAACUAAAAGAUUGGGAACUAUCUGAAUUAAAAGUGUCUUCGUUAAUUGCAAGUGUUGAAGGCAUAACGCGUAAUUCACUCAGUGUAUUUGAACAAGGCUCAAGGCUUUAUUUACUUGUUAUCGUCGGUGUAUGCAUUACCUUUUUGUUUAUUGCACUUACAGUAAUUAUGUGUUAUCGUGCAUGGUCACGUCGUACAUCUCAGAAGCUUGCUGGGCAUGAUUUAGAAGGUUGUGAUGGAAUUCUCACUCAUGCUAUUUCUGCUGAAAAGCCUCUAUUGCUCAAAUAUCGUCAGGGUUAUAAUGACGAUAACCAACAAGAUGGUCUCAACAAGUUAUUUAUGUCGAACAAUAUUCAACAAAAUAAAGACCAUUUCUAUUCAAAUGAUAAUUCAGUUAUACAGCAACUUGAUCCUACUAAUGCUGGUGCUACCACCACCAUCACCACUACUACUACUACUACUAAUGCCAUUAACACUACAGAUUCAACUGACGUCUCACAAGCACUUAGUACAAAUCUCGCUAUCCCUGCUUCUACUUGUGAUCGUCUGAAAGCAUCAAUAACAUCUGGUCGUUCACACUUAAAUCGUCCAAAAAGUGAUCCAGAUUCAUCGGAUUUAACUAAUCUCAGCCAGUUAACUUCACUUGGAAUUGUUUGACGACAGUAGUGAUCAUUUCUUUCUCACUCUUUCUCCAUCCAUAUAAAAUCAUCCAGUGUGAUUAUGUGCAUCUCAUUGAUGACGAUGAUGAUUAUACUGAGGUGUACAUUUUCCUUUGAAACAAAAUCUCAUUUACAUUCACAUACUGCUACAACACUGCUAUCGGUGGUAGAAAAUUCUACUGGAAUGAAUCUGAUAGUGACAGCCGUCUUAAUUCAUCCAGAAAAACUACUAAGUUGAACAAUUACUUCUUUGAAUGAAACAACAGUGAACAGGUUUUCAGAAUACAAUAGGUUCAGCAGAUCUUCUGGCAUUCUGCUCAGCUGCGAACAGGCUAAUGAAGUCGAAUUUUGUAAAACAAUAUACUUGAAAAUUUGACAGUUAUGUGGCCUUGAAGGAGUCGUAAAGUUGCUCGGAAAACAGUGAUGUAAGACGGGAUGUCUUUUUCAUGAAGAGUUUCCCCAUUAGUUGAAAUGUUAGUUCCAGAAUAAUGCUGGUAACCGCUUCCGCUAUAUAACAAGAAAAUAAGCAAAAAUAUGAUAAGAACAAAAAGGAAAGAUGAAAAUAGAAUCCACAUCGAUUGAUGGUAGGCGCAUUUAAUGCAAACGUAGGAGAGAAGUGGGACUGUUUGUAUUGUUUCCAAGGCAGCUAAAAGUUAACCACUGGUCUUGUUUAAGUAAUUAGGUCAGUUUUCAACCUUCUGAUAGUAGUGUAUUCUACGAAGCGACACACGGUGGGAUCGCACUGUUCGUUAAUUUUUUUGAACGCGUUCUCAGUGUCCGCAUUAUAUCCCUUAUCCUGUGUAUAGCAUGCUAUCGAAGCGUUGAUACCCUACGAUCCUACCAGGAUCAGAUUCCUUCGAAAAUAUUCAUUCAAGCGUGUAAAUGCCUGUCUCCCUUCCGGUGAAGUGUAAAUACUUUUGCGUGUACAUGCAAAUGAGUAAGUGUGGUAAGAGCUGACUUGUCAUGGGUAUUUAUGUACCUUCAAUUGCAUUACAGAACAGUUUAUCUUAGACUAAAUUUUGUACAAGAAUAUUCUGAAAAUAUCAAUAUACUUCCUUUUGAAGAACACACAUUGUCCUAUAAAUUUCAACCAGAUAAAAAAGGCGUUAAUUUGUCAAUCAAACUUAAACCCUCAGGUGCUUCAUAAGUGUCUCUGUUUCCCUUCCCG